CUCGGUACUUUCAGUAGCGAAGCAGAGCCGCGGAGCGCAGGCCAACUCUCUCGCGAGCUCCUCUCGCCGCUCGUGCUCGCCACACGUGACUCUCGCAAGACUCAAUCCGUUCACGUAACUCCAGAGGUCGUGGACUUUUCCUAAGCUUACCGGAUUUAACGCUGAACUUGCCCUCAUGGAUGCUCUUUUCCCAGGCGGCUAGGAAAAUGUGAAGGCCGGAAAAUGCGCGCGCUGGCCUGGCCGGCGGCGCGGCGGCCGCCUUCCUCGGGCCCCUCGCACAGUCUCUCCAGGACCCCGAUGGUGGAGGACGGUGUGUGCACCACCGAUGACGAGCUCAACUCUUCAGGGUCCGAGCUGGACGAGGCCGAGCAGCGCAGGGAGCUGCUCACUGACAAAUGGAGACAGCUCUUUGACAAGUAUGAUCCUGAAGGGUUUGGAGAAAUCCCUUGGGAAGACUUCAUGGUGGCUCUCCGUUCUCCGGAUUUUAUUGCACAAGUGGAGCCAAAUAAACGUGAAAUUUUGACCGAAAAGGCGCAACAAAGACUAACAUCAGCGAUCACCUUCCAAGAUUUUGUCAAUGUGAUGACUGGAAAGAGGACUCGCAGCUUCAAGUGCGCAGUGCAUCAUCGUGACCGGGAGGUCAGCAGUGAAAACGACUUCCACCUUCUCAUCCAGGAGCCACCUGUUUUCAGAAAAAUGGUUCGAAUUAUUGCUGACGAGUUCCUAACAGAGGAGCGGGACCGAAAGUACUACGCCGACCACUACACCUGCUGCCCGCCACCCCUAUUUGUAAUAUUCGUAACCCUUCUAGAGCUGUCGUUUUUCACCUACUACACGGUCAUCAUGGGCGAGGUCAACCCUUCCGGGCCGGUGCCCAUCGACAGCAUUUUCAUCUACAGGCCUGACAAGCGGGCGGAGGUGUGGAGGUUUCUUUUUUACAUGGUUUUACAUGCAGGGUGGCUGCAUUUGUUAUUCAAUCUGCUAGUCCAAGUUUUGGUGGGUCUGCCCCUGGAGAUGGUCCAUGGAUCGCUUCGAAUCGGAGUUGUCUACAUGGCAGGGGUGCUAGCAGGGUCCUUGGGCACCUCAGUUUUCGACACUGACGUGUACCUGGUUGGGGCUUCUGGCGGAGUUUACGCACUCUUGGCGGCCCACCUCGCAAACGUCCUGUUGAAUUAUAACAACAUGGAGUUUGGGAUAGUCAGACUGAUAGGAAUCUUUAUUGUUGCGAGCGCUGACGUUGGUUUUGCAAUCUACGACCGAUACGCCUCGGAGCAGAUGGGCCCGCCAGUCUCAUACGUGGCUCACCUGACAGGGGCCCUCGCCGGGCUGACCAUCGGGUUGUUGGUGCUGAAGAACUUUGAGCAGAAGCUGCACGAGCAACUCAUGUGGUGGGUGGCGCUGGGCGUGUACGCCGCCUGCACCAUUUUCGCCAUCCUCUUCAACGUCUCCAAUCCAGACUCGCCCUGAUACCACGAGGGGCCCGGCCUGGUGCUGCUGCCCCCCUGAUGGUGGCAGCAUUGCGCCCUCGCAGACGCUGGGCCGCCCCCUCUUGUGCACCAAGACCCCUGAGAAGAACAAAAAACUGUCGAAAACUGCCGCAGCUAGUGAACCAAAGAAAUGAAAUUUCCUCCCCUGACGGACCUCCUUUUAGAAAGCAGGCAGGGGUGGACUUCUUGUUGGGGCGUGAGUGGAUUUCGAGAGACUGCAGACAAAUAAUUGCAGUGCUGAGUGCGUCCAUCAGUCCGCGAAGAGAAAUAAUUGUGAUUUUAUUUUAGAAACUUACUAUAUAAUAAAAUAUUUGAGAUGUGAACUGAAAAAACAAAAAAUAUGAAAAGAUUGCAAACAAACCACUGAAUGCUUUAUGCUUAAGUAUGGACUUAUAUCAAUAAUAUGCUGUUGACAUUUCUGUAGUUGUUCACUCAUUAAUUUUAAAAUUUAAUUUGUUGCUCUUAUGAUUUUUUUUUCGGCUUGGGAAACUGCCAAUCUCUGCUGUAUUCUAGAGAGGUGCUAUUAAAGAAACUCUUCUGAACAAGUGUGUCCAAUUCUAAUAAUAAAUAAUCAUGUUAAAACUACGUUUUGGUAGAUAAAAUAUGAAGGGGAAAAUCACAGAACCUAAAGCGUCCAUUUACAAACUGCCUGUAGAGUAAGAAGUAACUUUCAAACAGAAAUGCAUUAAGCUUCAGCCUACCUCAAAAACACGACAUUAUUAAAAAUUAUCAAUUGACAUCCUUUGAUGCAUCUCAAGUGCUGUUUGCUUUUUUUUAAUAAGUUUCACGCUCUCCUCUGCUAGUCUCUAGAUUAGCAUGCUUUAAAAAUGGCCUGUGUAUGAUUUCAUCGUGUAUUAACAUUCAGCUGUAUUUACUUGACAGAUGUUUUACUUUGAUUAUUUUCUCCUGCAGUGAACUUAUACUGCGCUGUCUUUUUAUACAAUUCUGUUUUGUUUCUUCAUGUAGCUAUGGUCGUGCUAUAUAUUUCCUCACCUUGCCUAUCAAAUUGGCACUUGAAAAAAUAUGUAUAUUCUGUCUUGUAUUUACAGUUGUAAAUCAAUAUAAAUUAAAAUCCUAUUGCAUACAAAAGCAUUGCCUUUUAUUUCCACCAAAAAUGUGAUCCUUUUUAUUCUGAUUAAUUAACGAACAAUGAGCACAUUGAUACAAAUUACAAAAGAAAAUUUGAAACUUUUGGCAUUUUUUCUGAGCCGACAAUAGAAGAUAAGAUAGAAAAAAUAGAUUUUUUUUUUAAUUUUUUU